AUGGCUCCUGCAGUACAAAAGAAGUCAAAAAAGACAGCCAACAAGAAACAAUUAAAACCUGCUGCAAGCAAGAAGGUGAAGAAAUUUAACGGCAAGUUUGUCGAAAAGAAACAAAAGGGUAAUGGCAAGAAAGCACUCAAGGAACUAAGCGAUAGCGAACCCGAAGAAGAAGACUCACCUAUGGAAGAUAUCGUUGAUUCAGACGACAAUGAUGAUAUCUUUAAGAAACUACAAAGCGUUAUGGAUGAAGACGAUUCAGAAGCUGAAGAAGAUGAGGAUCAAGUAAAUGAAAGCGAUAGUGAUUUGCCUUCUGAGUUUGAGAGAGAAAUGGCCGUUGAUUCAGACAACGAUGAUGAUGAAGAAGAAAAUGCUGGAAAACUAAACAAAGACAUCAGUCAACACAAGAAAGAAUUAGAAGAGUUGAAAAAGCGCGAUCCCGAGUUCUAUAAAUUCUUGGAAAAGGAAGACCAAGGUCUUUUGGAUUUUGAUGAAUCAGAUCAAGAAGAAAAAGAUGAUGAUGAAGAAGAAUACAGUGAUAUGGAAGACCCUGAAGAAGCUGUUCAAGAAUCUGUCCCAGUCCUUGACAAAGCCACUUUGAACCAAUGGAUUGACACUGUCAAAUCAAACCAUGAUUUCAAGACAUUUAAGAAAUUAUUAUCUGCUUUCAAGACUGCUGCCAGAAUGUCAGAAGAAGAUGACAGUAUUACCUUUACAGUGAAAAUUGAGGAUCCUGCAGUGUUUUCUAAGGUUAUUAUUUCAACACUUCGCCUUGCGCCUGUUGUAUUUGGUCAUCACUUGAAGCCCAAGAAAGAGAAUGGAUCACCUUUGACUUCCAGCAAAUGGAGCUUUUUUAAAUCCUAUGUCAAAUCAUACCUUAAUAACUUAAUUCACUUGUUGCAAAACUUGACAGACGCUGAUAUGCUCCGUAUGACUAUUCGUGAAGCAGAAAAGGUCACCAAUCUCUAUGUCUGUUUUGAUCGUCUUGCUAAAGAAUACCUCAAAACACUCUUGAAUGCAUGGUCUAAUGCUGGCUCUACUGAUACUGUCCGUGUCCAAGCCUUUUUGAGCAUCAAAUCUUUGGCCGUUAUUCCCGUUCAUGCCAGCAAAGAAACAAAUGGCAAGGGAUACCUUGAUCUAUGUCUUAAGAAUGUCUAUUUGACUUUCGUCAAACAUUGCAAAAACACUAGUCUCCAUACUUUGCCUAUUAUCAAUUUGAUGCGUAAUUUGGCCAUUCAACUCUAUGGUAUUAACCCUGUUCUAAGUUAUCAACAAGCUUUUGUCUAUAUCCGUCAAUUGGCUAUCCAUUUAAGACAAGCCAUGAAGGUCCGUUCUACCAAAAACCACAACAUGGUCUAUAACUGGCAAUAUGUUCACUGUAUUGAUUUUUGGGCAGAUGUGUUGAAUGCUUACUCUGGCCCUAUGGUAGACAAAGAGACUGAACAAGAAGUAGAAUCCCCUCUUAAGGCAUUGAUUUACCCUUUAACGCAAGUUGCUAUUGGUGUAAUUCAAUUGAUUCCCACUGCUCAGUACUAUCCUCUCCGAUUCCAUGUACUUCGCUGUUUAACUUCAAUGGUGCAUCAUACAGGUGUCUAUGUUCCUUUGGCUACUUUUGUAUUAGAAGUUCUUGAUAGUUCUAUUGGUAUGGAAAAGGCCAAAAAGACAAACAGUGGUACACCUCUUGAUUGGGACCUUGUCUUAAAAGUGCCUAUCAAGAAUGUUCAUAGUCGCAUGUAUCAAGACGAAGUGCUGGAUCAAUGUGCCAAGGCAUUAAAGACUUAUUAUAAAGAAUAUUGCCAUCACAUUUCUUUUCCUGAGAUGGUGGAUGCUGAUAUUGUAACAAUCAAGCGAUUUACUAAGAAAUCAAAGAGCAUAAAGGGCAAAGGAAAACUUGUUACAUUAGCAAAAGAGCUUGAAGCAAAAGCAAACUUUGUGCGUCAACAACGUACUAAAAUCAGUUUUAGUCCUGUCAGUCAAGACCAAAUUGCACAGUUUAAUAAGGACAUGAAGGCCAAGUUGACUUGA